GCUACAAUUUUCGACAUUCCAUUUUUGCUUUCUGUAGGAAGCAUAUAGAUGGAAGGAUUGGUCAGGUCAAGUCAAAGCAGGUAAAAUGGAGAAUGAUAACAUUGAUGAUACCACUGCGGACGAAAGCGAAGAAUUAGAGUAUUUUCAACAAAUUAUGAACGAUAACGAAAGCAAGUUAAGUGAAAGUGAUGAAGAAUUUGGUUUCAUACCUGCACCAAUAGAUCAUCUGGGACCACCUGGCCGAUGGAUCCGUCAUAAAUUGUUAGAAAGUAUUUUAUAUGGUACACCAGUUCUGUUAGCGAUUCAGCGACUGAGGUGCAAGUAUGUUACACAAUAUAUGCAUAUUGCAAGUAUUUUGGGUACAGAAGAAGCGUAUGUCGUAUUGUUCUGUUUCUUGGCAUGGAUUGUCGAUAUGCGUCUUGCAAGAUUGAUCUCUGUGGGCAUGGCUGUUGGUUUUUACUGUGCAAAUGGAGUAAAAAAUGUCUUCUGCUUGCCAAGACCACCAAGUCCACCUGUACGACCAUUAGAAAAUGCCUAUUAUACUUGGGGUCUUCCUAGUCAUCAUUCUGUUCUGGCAGUUGUUUGUCCAUGGUACAUUUGGUUUUAUUGUCUCCUACAUUAUCAUUUGGAGUUGACAACAUUCAUAGUAUUGUUCACACUUAUUGCAACAUGGUCGUGCAGUGUAUUAAUAUGUCGAAUAUAUAAUGGUAUACAUAGCCCUGCUGAUGUUGUGACUGGAAGUUUAAUAGGCUGUAUUAUCGUGGCAUUUAUGCACCGUUAUGAUAACAUCAUGGAUUUGUCGAGCAUAUUCAAUAGUCAAAGUGCAUUACUGCUACCAGUUAUAUCUUGUAUUUUAUUGAUACUGCAUCCCUAUGAUGAGGUCGGUCUUGCUGCAUUUGUCGAAACAACUUCAAUGGUAUCAGCAGCAACUGGUAUUAUCCUUGGUAAAGCAUACUCCCAUGGACGAUCACCACCACUGAAAAAUGUGAUGGAGAUGUAUAAGUACGGAGAAACGCCUUUAAUACACACAAUAACCAUUGGUUUUGCAAGAGUUUUUUUAGGAGUGGUUUUAGUUGGACUUACAAAAGUUGUCUUCAAAAAGGUUGCCCAAAUGAUGAUUGAACUUGUUAUGAAAUUGUUGGAUAUAAAAUAUUACACAAAGUCCAAAACCAGUGUAUUUUACACGGGUUACAACAAAAACUACAGAUUACCUCCAAUAUUUGCAAAUAAGAAUAAAAAUAGCGAAGAAGAGGAAGAACGGGAGAAGGAGAAGCGACUACGUAUGAUUGCACAACAACAAGAACCAUGGAAUAUAAGUCACGCCGUACGUUUUGCGACGUAUAUAGGCGUAGGGUUUAACGCUUAUUACACUCACUCGGCGUUGUGUCAACACUUGCGCUUGACGCUAUAGCCCAGAGUGUACUUGUCGAGUGUCCUUUAUUUGUUUACUUUCAAUUUUUUGUUUUCUUUUAUUAUUUUUCUUUUUAUUUUUAUAUAUUGGUAAGGAAAGGUAAUUUAAACUAAAAGUGAUGACCCUCAAAUUCUAAUAUCAUUUUCCUUUUUUCCCUUUGAUAUUACUUAAUACUUAAUAUUACUUUUGUAAAGUGCAUUUUUAUACAAAUUUUAAUGUUGUAUAAUAUUGUGAUAAUACUAGUCCUUUAAUUUCCUGGAUCUAACUCUUGUGACGCUAUAAAAGUACAUUUUUUAGCUGUUUGCCACAAAACAUAUAAUUAUGUUUUAUGCGGUGGUGGUGAUAAAGAUAUUUAUUAUUAGAAGUAGUGUGUUCAAAACAAAUAUCCUUGCGUUUAAAAUAAUAACUGUUUUUAAUUAGAUGAGAUGCAAAUUAUAUCUAAUUUGUAAAUAAUAAUUCAAAAUUAAAAAAACACAACCUAA